AUGCCCAGCAACGAAGCCCACGAGAUUGUCUUUCGGACUUCCAUCGCGGCCUGUAAUUCAGGCAGUGACCUACGGGUCUAUAUGCAAGAUGUCCUGGGAAAGAUCCGCGAGUCGAAGUACGAUGACAAAUGGAGCAACGGAACAGAGAAGAAUAUCGUUGCUUCGGCCAAGCCCUACUCGCCUCUAGCCUGCACCUCAAGUGACCUUGAAAAUAUCCGAGUCUACUACCUCUCCACCGAGAACACUAUCAAUGAUGUUACUUAUGACAAAUCUAAAGGGUGGGUCUAUUGUCAGAUGGCAAACAACACGAUUCAGGAAUACGGACUGAAAGAUAAUGGAAACUGGGAGACAAUGUCGAACCUGGGCUCAGCAAUGCCCGGCACAGACAUAACGUGCACCGUGUUUAAGACUUCUGAACCAAAUAUCCGUGUGUAUUUCCAGCAUAUGGAGCAUGGCAUCAUCGAGAAGUGCUACGACAGCAAACGCGGCUGGUAUGGUGGAGGCGCCAAGCUCCCAAAAGUCCAACCUCGGACGUCUAUAGCUUGCACUAGUCAUAUGACCAGCUCGGAAACCGUCGGAAUUCGGGUCUUUUACAAUACUUCGAAUACGAUGUGUGAGAUGGUGUACGACGGCAAGUCCUGGACCGAGGGACACUUCCACGCGGACUGUAUCCCGGGAACGCAGAUUGAUUGCAUCAGCUGGAUGAAUGGCCCGCGUCCGGAGGUUCGGGUGUAUUUCCAGGCUGGUCAUGAGAUUUCGGCGAUUACAGAGUAUGUAUGGACUCAGGGGCGUUGGUCGUCUGGGAAGCUUGCACUUCCCCCUGCGUGA